AUAUCAUCAAUGCUUGAAACCGCAUUAGGCCAAGGCGCAAUGACCACGGCCAGAGGCUGUCCUUUCAGCUGGAAUAUGCAUUAAGACAAUUGUGCAACUUCAUCCUAUUGUCUGUAAAAUGUGUGUGAAUGGCUGUGCGUCCCUUGGCUCCUCACUCUGCAGAGCGAAAAGCCGCCUGCUGCCAAGCACGCAUAUGGUCACUUGGCCAUAGGGCUCAUAUGUAGAGAGUUCGAAUGCGGCGUGACGCAUGUUUCAGGCGCGGUCCUCGUCUCUGCCGCUGGCUUGUUGCCUUGCUGGUGGUGGCGCUACCGGCAGCCAGUCCUCUGGUUACUGCUGCACCGGUGUCUGGGAGCAACGUAACAAGUGCAGAGCGGCUGGUAAUCUCAUGCGGGCUCCAUCCCAGCCAGCCAUAUCUACGCACGCUAGCCGCUGAUCAUUCACGCCGGGCAGUGCUGCCGGGAGCUGAUGAGCGCCUGGCGGUGGUGGAGCUCCGUGGGGACGACAGCUCAAACGCAAGGAUAAAUGCGCGGGCUGUGGGACACGCGGAGUCAGCAGUGUCUGUGCUGCUCCGCUCUCACGCGGCCGGGAACACCAGCUGGCUGCAGCAGCUCAACGCCUCCGCCGCCGCGGGGGCCGAGCUGCCGGCCGAGCUGCUCACGCCGCGGCUAGGCAGCGCUGAUGGCCCCGCGGCGGCGCCGCUGCUGUUGCUCUACCGCCGCGACUGGUGGCAGCGGCUGGUGGCGACCGGGGGCGUGGGCAGUAACAGCACUGGCAGCAAUGCUGCUGAGCGCGCUGCGGAACUCGGACCUAGACGGGGACGGGCAAGCCGACCACGUGCUUUGCGCCGACCUGCAGCCGGGCUGCAAGGGCUGGGCGCUGCUGGCGGCCGUGUAUGCGUCCCUGGCGCAGACGCACGGCACGCAGCAGGGCAUCUGGUUCAACGCCACCGACCUGAGCCCCGCGGUGGGCGGCCCCGCCAUGCAGGCCGCAUUGCAGACGUACGCGGCCCUGGCAGCCAGCAACGCAGCGCCGUUCACGCCGGGCGGUGCGGUGGUUUCACUCAGCAAUGUGAGCGUGUCAACUGAGGAGCUGUUGCGGGGUGGUGGCGGCGAGCUGCCCACGGACGGGAGCGCACCGGCGUGCGGGGCUGUGAACCCGCUCUUUGCCGCGGGCCGCUGCCUGUUCACCAUCGACUGGGCCACGGCGGUGCUGCGGCUGACACAGAGCGAAACCCAAGGCUUGAACAUGUCGGGUCGAGUGGGCGCUGCGCCCCUGCCAGGCAGCACCCUGACGGCGAGCAGUUCCACCUCCACCGCCACGGAGUUGCAGCCGCAGCUGCAGCCCUGCACGUCACUCCGCUGCCCCAACGCCUCUGCAGCCGACAGCGCGCAGCUGGCAACCGCCGAGGAGCUGUUGCAGCGCCUGCAGGCGGGCGCAGCGAGGCCUCCCCUCGCCGCCGCGCCCACGCAGCAGCCUGCGCCCCAGCCUCAGCCCGUCCAGCCCCAGCCGGCCCAGUCGCUGCUCGUCAACCGCGCGCCGCUACUGGGCGAGGCGGCGCUGGCGUGGGCCGUGGAGCCGCGCCAGGCGGCGGCCAGCUACCUGCGCACGGAGGACUUUGUGCGGCUGGCGGCCUUCGAGCUGGACUUGAAGGCGGGGGCGCUGCUGGCGGUGGCACGGGCGGGCGUAGCUGGUGCCGGCGGCAGUGGAAGCGGGAACAGCAGUGCAGCUACCGGGCCUUUGGUAUCCUCGCUGACGUCAGCAGAAGCUGCUGCGGCGGCGCUGUCCAUGUCGGCGUCCGAGGCGGCGCAGCUGCUGGACCUGCACCCGGCGGACCUGGAGGCGCUGGCGCAGGCUGUCGACAAGUCCAUGAACCACCCGAAUGCUGCAAUGGACAUCUCCCUUCCGUUCAGCUCUCAGUACAGGGCUGUGCUGGAUGACUUGGCUGUGUCGGUGUUGCUGCUGGUCGCCAACACCACGGCCACCGGGGCAGCGGCAGCUGUAGCAGCCGCCAACGCCAGCGGCGUGCCGGAGCAGCAGGUGGCGGCCUUGACUGCCGUCGCCGCGGCCCGCAUUGUAGCAAUUGUAACAGCCUUCCCCUACCCCGCCAUCCUGCUGCGCCUGUACUGGCAAGCCACCGGCUUCACGCCACCCAGCCGCGCCGGGGACAGCGGCGGCACCGGCUCGGAGGGGGACAGCGGCAGCAGCCAGAGCGCGGCGUUGCGCAUAGGGUUGCCAGUGGCGGUAGCGGUGGGCGGGGCGCUGUUGCUGGUGCUGACAGGGGUGGUGUGCUACGCCUUCGUGGUGCGGCGCCAGGCCAGCAAGCGAGCGCUGUUCCGAGCCGUGAAGCCGCCAGGCGCAGGGCCGGCCACCACACUGGUCAUGACGGAUGUGCAGAACUCCACAUUGCUGUGGGAGGUGCUGGACGGCCAUGUGAUGGAUGAGUGCCUGUCGCUGCACCACCGCAUCAUGCGCGAGGCCAUUGCCGCUAACCGAGGUUAUGAGGUCUGCACGGAGGGAGACGCCUUCUGCGUCGCCUUCCACACACCCGAUUUCGCGCUGGGCUUUGCGCUCCACGUGCAGGAGCACCUGCUGAGAGCCGACUGGCCGGCUGAGCUGCUGGAGCAGCCAGAUGGCUGCGAGAUGUGGGUGCGCCGCUGCGCACCGCAGGUCCCGGCACUGAGCAGCCUGACACGGGCACAAACCGGUGCUGCCGGUGUGGGCAUGAUGGGCCCUGGGGCACUGCCGGUGCUGCUGGAGGGAGCGGCAGAGGGUCCCACCACCGAUGGCACAAACACGCCCACGCGCGGUCAAACGGAAGGGGGUAGCACCAGCGACGGCGGCUCCACGCCCGCGGCGGGAGCGCACCAACCCUCGCGACUGCGGGGCGCAGCACCUUCGGCGGCUGGCGCAACCAGGAACGUAGUGCGCGGGCCCUCGCCGCUGCGUCAAGCCUCCUCGACGACCGGCAUUGGAACUCAAGACUUGGACCCGGCGCCGACUGCUGCUGCUGCCCCAAAGCCGGCCACCCUGUCCGCGGCACUGCUGGACACAUCGGGUCCGCUGCAGGCCUCACCCACUGAGGACGCCGCCGCAGCGGAGGCACAGGUGCCCGUACCGCAAGCUGCAGCGCCUGCAGCUGGUUCACAAGAGCCGCCACAAGCGCCCGAGGGCGGGCAGCGCGGGGACGAGGGCAAGGGCCCUGGUGACUAUUCGCCGGAGGCGGUGGUACCACUGCGCCCUGGCGCCCUGGUGGUAGAGGAGGAGGAGGGCAGUGACGAGGACGGUGGCCACGGCGGCCAGGACGAGCGGCCAUCGGGCCGGAGCUCGCGUCCAAGCGCGCCCUCGCGCGCGCUGCGGCCCACACCGCGGCCCUCCGCCACCGGGCUGCUGGCGCCGGGGUCGCCUGAGGGCGAGCUCAUCCUGCCCGUCAGGCCACCGCCGCCCAUCGAGGACGGGUCCCUACCGGCACCACCGCCUCACCCUCGGCCAUCCGGCUCCGGGGCUGCCGUCGGCCCACGGCCACCCAGGUCCUCCCGCCGCAUGCUGCCGCCUGCCACCGCCGCUCGCCUGUCUGAGAACGGCUUUGCACCCCAGCCACCACCCGCCCUGCCACAGCCGGCCGCGCUGGAGGCCCCGGCGGCAGUGGUGUCGUCGCUGCAGCCUGAGCUUCCCGAGCUCCGCCAGGAGCUCAGCUCGCUGCUGGCACAGGGGCAGGGCCCGGCGGCACCGGCUGGCGCCGCAGACUUUGCCAGUGACCCAGCGUCUGCCAUGGUCGCCGCUGCGCCUGCCGGUGCGUCGCACCUGCUCUUCGGGCGCCUCAGCAACAGCGGCGUUGCCGGCACCGUGACGAUUGCAGCUGUGGUGACGUCCACAGGCCGCCGGCCGAGCCAGAGCGGCAGUGGUGGCAGCGGCGGUGGUGCGCAGGCCGCACCUGAGACCGCUCCCGUCAUGCGCGGAAACGGCGCGCUUGCCAUAGGCAGUGCUCUUCCGCGGCCGCUGCCAUUGCCCAUGUCAGCAGCUGGCAGCCGGCCCGCCAGUGGCGGCAAUAUGCCGCGCCUGCACCUGCCCGGCAGCGGCGGCGGCGGCUUGGCGCACCAGCGGCACCAGCACCUCACCUUGAUGGCGCUGACAGGUGGUGGCUCGCAGGGCAGCAACAGCGCACACCCGCCUGGGGUCGCGGUGGACGACGAGGACGACGACGAGGACGAGGAGGAGGAGGAGGAGGAGGACACCACGCGUGGCGACUGGCGCAAGCACAUCAACUGGAACGCUGAGGACGCCACACCGCCGCCCCUGGUCAGCAGCCUGGGCUCCGCCUUCGGAGCCGGCUACGACCAGCUGGCCAGCCCCGGGGGAGGCGGCACGCUGCUGGUGCCGGACCCGGCGGCGGCACACUCGCCGCAGAUGCACCCGCACACGGCGGCGGCACGACAUUUGGCUGCCUUGGUGGGUGGCGGCGGAGGGCACACCGACGGUGGCGGCGCAGCGCCGCUGCGGGCGACGUUCGAUGGAUCCACGGGCGCCUGGGCUCCGCUGUCGGCACAAGCGGGCCCCAUGGGCGAUGGAGAAAUGCUGCUGGGUGGGCCACACACAAAGCCGUUCGCCGCAGCCACGGUGAGACUCGAGUUGACACCAUCCCCAGAGCGUCCGCCCCCAGGCACCUUGCUCGGCCGCUUCCGCGCCUCCCUGCCGCGCCUGUUCCACAGCAACGCCUCGCUUCCGGCGCGCCAGGGCCUGCCACAGCUGGACUUCUCAAACGGAGGCACAGCAGCGGGCACAGGCGGCGCCGCGGCAACAGCUGGGGCAGGCGCUGGGGCAGCUCUGCGCCAGACAGCCAACACGAGUCCGGUCUUUGGCAGCAGCGGCGGGGGCCGCGCCCCGCUCAAAAGCCGGCCGCCGCCGAUGCUGCACCUAGCCACUUCCCUGCCUGCUCCCGGCUCCGCCCUGCCCACGCCCGGCGCGCCUCCGCCGUCACGCGCCGCCAGCCGCACGCCCGCGAGCGCACUGGCGGCGGCGGGACCAGCCAGCGGCGCCGGCCACGCGCUGACCGCCACCGCCGGCCGCCGCGGCACCACCCACCGCCUGUCAAUGGCAGUGUACCGCAACCACGCCAGCGCGGGGCCCUUCCAGUCGCCCAGCAGCAGCGCCACGGGCCACCACCGCCUCAACCCCUCCGCCAGCAUGGCUGUAUACGGAUACGGCGGCGGCGGCACGCCGUACGCGCUGACGGGGCCGCAGUACGCCAUCUCGCCGCCCGCCUCCGUCACGUCAGAGGCGCCGAUUCCGACGCCUCAGACUGCCAGCGGCGCUGGCCCGCGGCGGGGCUCGCUCCCGCGCUUCGUGACGUCGCUGGCCAACAGCCUGCGCCGCAGCAAGGGGGCGCUGCGGGGGGCGACCAUGGCCACCGCCAGCAGUGUGGCGGGCGCCGCGGCGUCGGAGACGUCCCUGGUGUCCUCCCCGCCCAGCGGCAUCCCCUUCCCGACCCACCCCCUCCUCACCAGCUCCGGCAAGCCGCGCCAGUCUUAUGGCGACAAUCCCAACCGCCAGGACCCCUCCAACCACCAGGUCUCGCGCGCCGGCAGCGGCGCCAACGCCGCGGCCCCCCUCAUGGUCUCUGUGGCGCCGCUGUACGCCGGGCCGGACGACCCCGUUGCCGGAGACGCGGCCAUCUCGCCAGGGGGACUGGCCCUAGGCAGCGUGUCGCCACUGGCCUCGCCCCAUGGCGGUCCCGGUGGCGGGCGCCGGCCCGCGCGCCCCAGCCUGAUGGGUGGCGCCGCCGGCGCGUCGCCGCUUGACGCCCUGUGGCGCGACCUCAACUCCGUCAACUCCCUCAGCCGCUGGACGGACGCGGACGAGGCCGGCGGCGGCUCGGGCGUGGCGGCCUGGCUGGCCAGCGCCGCCUGCACCAUCGGCGGCGUGCUGGCCAGCCUGUACGCCAGUGUGCCGCCCGAGGAGGUGGCGCCGCAGCUGCGCCGGCGGCUGACGUCGGAGGGCGUGUCGCCCACCGCAGGCGAGCAGCGGCCGUCGUCGCCGGCGCUGUUGGCCAAGGCGCUGGGCGGCCGCGGCGUCAUCGGCGGAACCACGGCCUCGGCCGGCUCAGCGCAAAUGGCCGCGGUUACAGGGUUGCCCACGCCCACAGGCGGCGGCGGUGGUUUCAGUGGUUAUGGCGGCUAUGGAGCCGGUGGUGGCGGUGGCGGUGGCGGUGGCGGUGGCGCGGGCGGUCCGCAGCAGCAGGGCGAGCCGGUGCUGGCGUUCCGGGGGCUGCGUGUGCGCGUGGGGCUGCACUCGGGCGUGCGUGCCGCCGAGGUGGUGAGCAAGGCGCUGGCGGCGGACGGCGGCGUGGGCGUGGCCGACUUCACAGGUGACGUGGUGGCCAUCUGCAAGGAGGUCAGCGACGCGGCCAUGGGCGGCAUGGUGGUGCUCAGCGGCUCCGCGUUCCGCGCGCUGCAGCUGCUGUCGCGCAAGAGCCGCGCGCCCGAGGCCAUGCUGCUGCACCUGGGCGAGCACGUCAUCAAGCCGCCCGCGCAGGGGCUAGAGGAUCGCCCCUCCAGGUCUGGUGCUCAGCCCGACCCGCAGCCCGCCACCCGCGAGCUGUAUGCCGCGGUGUUCCCCGCCCUGGCCUGCCGCCUGGCGCUGCUGCCGUCGCCCGUGCGCACGCACUCGGAGCUGGUGCCGGGCUGCCUGUCCGCGCCCGCCGGCCUGGUGGCGCCCGUGUUCUGCAAUGUGGUGGGCGUGGAGGCGCUGCUGGCCUGGGAGGCGUUGGUGCAAGAGAGGCUCAUGCGCGCGGCGGCGGUGGCGUCCGCAGUUAACCUGGCCGCCUGCCGGCCGCUGGGUGGCGCCGGCGAGGUGGCGUCGCUGGAAACGGCGGUGGGUGGCGUGGGCAUGGUGCGUGAGGCGCUGGACCUUUUUGGAGACAUGGCGCAGGAGGCGGCGUCUCGCCACGGCGGCUACGUGGUGGCCUCGUCCGCGGACGGCGGGCACUGGGUGCUUGUGUUUGGGUGUGCGGAGGCGGCGGUGGGCUGGGGCCUGGAUAUGCUGCAGGCCAUGCUGACGGCGGAGUGGCCGGACGGGUUCCUGGAGCACGAGCUCACAGAGGAGGCGUGGGAAGGUGGUGUGCUCAUCGAGCGCGGUCUUCGUCUUCGCAUCGGUGUGGACUACGGCCGGGCCAUGGUGCGUCUGGUGCCCCGCAGCGGCCGACUGGACUACGUGGGAAGACCCAUGAACCGGGCAGCGCGCAUCGCGGCCAAGGCAAAGGCGGCGUCGGUGCUCAUGAGUGGUGCCGCCUGGUCCGCCGCCCGGCCCGCGCUGGGGUCUGGCGUGGCCGCCACCAACCUGGGCACCAUGCAGCUCAAGGGCGUCAAGGAGCAGCUGGAGCUGUGGGAGGUCCGGACCUGCGGCACGGGAGACGCUGAGCACUACGUGGAGUGAUGGGAGCAGGUGUCGCAGGGAGGGUUUGGCCUUACUGAGCGGCGGUGGCAGUGUCAUGCAAUUCAGGGCAGACAGGACUGCACAACCUGAGCGAUCAUUCUUUCAUACCUACACGUUAUACGGAUGACGCGCAUGAACGUCGUCAUAUGGGCUGGGUUGCCGAAUUUGAAAUGUGCGCGGACUUGGUGGUGGUGGGCAGUGGGGAUGGCAUUUGGGGCUGGCUUGACUGACCUCAUUGCUGACGGGGUGUGUGUGCUGGCUGCUGGGCGCGCGGCGUGCUGCUGAAUCGGAGUUGGUACUGGCGCCGCCUGGGUGAAGCCACAUACGCACGCGGCCGACUAAUGGUGUGGGCUUAAAUUGCACUUUAUGGCCCGGUACCGUAUUAGUUGUGUCAUUAUGCAUUCCGUCUGGAGCUGCACUUGGAGCCACGACGAGGAUGGCACGGUCCACCCGAAGAAGAUGCUGAUAUAGCCACGCAGGUUAUACUUAUCAUAUAUCCAUCUUUGAACCUCCUGUUGGUUGGCAUGCGUAUUGCACAUGUCCGUCCUCCGUCCACCGUGUCGUGUCGUGGUGCAGCUCUCGCCAAGUGCAUGUGAGCCAUAUGGGCGUGAGUAGCGGAGCGAUGGCGGAGCGCUCAGGGCACGAUUAAACCACAUGAAGCUAUACGGCAUGGUUAAAGGAGUUGCUACUCCUGUAAAGGUGUAGCAAGUGCGAGCCCGGCGGAAGAGACGACUAGACACCAUCCAGGUCCUGUGCCGCCCUGGCAGCCAUACAGUGGCCGUGGCUUGACAACCGCCAGGGUCAUCUGAACGGGGUAGCAACACGUCUUGUAGACUUGUAGUUUGUUGCCACGGGAUCAACAGAACACGCUAGGCGCUAGACGCGUGCCCCUGGGCCCUGGCUCAUCGUCAGGCUUGUCGCAACGUCCUGCAAUG